AUGUGCUCCACUGCAGUCAGACAAAACGCCCUUUUUGAAAAGAAAUCGAAAAGCGGAUCAACUUCAUUAUUGUUUGUAGCCGAUUAUAAUAUUAUCUCUUAUCGUUAUUUCAAUAGAGCGAGAUCUAAUAUAUUAGCACAACAAGAUGGGAAUAUUUUAUGGCAUUGUUUCCAUUCAGCUGAAAUUGCAGAUAAAUUUCAAAGUUGUUGGUAA